CGUUUAGCCGUGAAUCAAGUUUCUCAUCACAGCAGCAAUGCAUAAAUGCACACUCUGCAUGGAUCGUCCCCCGUGCAAAUGGGAUUAGAUCAGGCUUUGGUGGCGGUCUGUGAAACUGCGUUGACAAUCUUCCUUUUGCUUAUCUGGUUUCCUCCCACACGACAAUCUUUUUGCCCGCGUGCCACCAGUCCUUGGAAGUAGUGAAAUUGGCUGGCCAUUAUACCAACAUCUAGAGUUCUCUCCAACGGAACAUCUUCGUAUUAUUCAAGAUGUUCCAAAAAAGCGAAGAACAACAGGAGGCAGAGCUGGCUUUGCUUUCUAGCGAGGACGAUUCUGCCUCCAACACCGAUCUCGACGACCUUGAAGCCAACCGAAAAGACGAACAGAUCACCAACCCCAACGCAGCACCAGAAUAUCAAACGCCGACAACGGUCAAAUUUAUAUGGCUGACCUGUUACUUCGGCUUCAGCAUGGCGCUGACGAUAUACAACAAGUUAAUUCUUGGAUCGUUCAAAGCACCAUGGCUCCUGACGUGCCUUCACACAUCUUUUAGCGCUAUCGGCACAUUCGUUAUGUUGAAGAUGGGAUACUUCAAAUUGUCCAAGUUGGGUCGCAAGGAGCAUUUGAUACUGGUAGCAUUCUCCGUUUUAUUCACGACCAACAUCGCCAUGUCAAACUUGUCAUUGUCUCUUGUUUCGCUGGCCUUCUUCCAGAUCAUUCGCAAUACCGUUCCUCUAUUUACCGUUUUGCUCUAUCGAUUGUGGUUCUCGCGAACAUAUGCCACCGGCACAUACUUAUCGUUGAUCCCGAUCGUGGUGGGCGCUGGAAUGUGCACUGCGGGAGAUUAUCAUUACUCCUUACUUGGUUUGAUCGUCACGAUCUCGGGUGUGGUUUUGGCAGCGGUAAAGACGGUAACCACAAAUCGCCUCCUGACUGGCUCCCUAGCACUCCCCUCGAUGGAGCUUCUGUUCCGAAUGGCACCUCUCGCUGCAGUCCAAUCACUUAUAUUUGGUGUCGUGGCAGGCGAAUUGCCUGUUCUUUCGCAAGCCAUGUCUGAGCGCACGGCCAAUGGAUCAUUCCUCGGUACCAUGUGCACCGUUGUGUUUAUUCUCGGAAAUGGGCUGCUUGCUCUCGUGCUGAACAUCGCUUCAUUCCAAACGAACAAGAUCGCUGGAGCGCUUACGAUUACGGUGGCUGGAAACCUGAAACAGGCCAUCACGCUCGCACUGGGAAUCAUUGCAUUUGGGGAUUUCGCUAUUAAUCUGCUUAACGGGAUAGGCAUUUCCCUUGUUCUUGCUGGGUGUGCAUUCUUUAGCAAGGUUGAGCUAGAUUCGAAGAGACGCGCGGCUUCAUCGUCAUGAAGGACAGAUAAAUGCAUAUAGAACAUAAAUAAAAUCUCCUAAUUUCCUUCUUUCA